AAAGCACCGUGAGGUUAGGCCUUCGCAGGCAGGUACUCACGUAAACCACAACAGAUUCUCUUUCUCAUCCUUAUGGAAUUUUUGUAAGAACGCCCUUUCUAAUUUCUAAUUUGAAGUUUUCAAUGAUUCUGCUAUGACCAAACAACCAUACAAGUUUAAUAUGGAAAAAAACUUGUUACCACAGCUAAUGAGUUCCUGCACUACUUGACUAGCUUUGAGCUCACUGUCAGCGAGCUCAUGACCUGUACGAGUAUAGCAGAUCUGGUAGCGCAAUGAAGGCGUACCUUCCCAAAGGCAGCCGCAAUUCAUUGCAGCAUAUGCGUCUGCUUCUACCUUAAUAGCUGCCACUUCCGCUUAAAAGAUACUACAAUGGCCUGGCAGUGUGAAGCAAGAGCUGAUUGAGAGGUCCAGACAGAUGAUCCCCAUAAACUUCAAUCCAUCUAUGAAAAAGUUCACUGCGCCUCUUGUUCAGCGACUCCGCCCCACCCAGAUAUCUCUCGGAGGUCUAUGCGCAAAAAAGAUUUCGCUAAAAAUAAGUGAUCUAAGUUAUCAGAUAUGCAAUCGAAGUGCGAGAAGAUUUCGGGAUAUUCCACUCUGAGACCCUUAAUGUGUCCGGCUUCCCGGAGUCUGAUCGCAACAUUCGCAGCAUUGCAUUUGCCAGCUUUGUCGACAGGCGCUUUAAGUAGAAUGAGAAAUUUAUACGUCCGAAAUUUUAUAUUUUACCUCCUAGUAAGUUAAACCAGUUCAGUUUUAUUACCCAAAUGAACUCGCCGGGAAUUUUAACUUUUUCGCUCACACAGCUGUACCUUCCGUUGUUGCAUCUAAUUUCAAGAAAUCAAGCGAUUCAAUGUCUGCUGGGUUUCCAUUUGAAUUUCGUUUUACGCAACAAUAGACAUUCGUAAUUCACUUAAUCAUGGAUCAAAAUUUCCAAUGAAUUGUUCAAGAUCAAGAUAAGCUUUAAUGCAAAUAACUCAAAAUUUAUCCUUUAUUUGCCUAACGAUGACAGAUGCUUAAUAUUUUGUUAUUGUUAAUAAAUAUGACUAGUCAUGGGCAUUUGCUCACACUUCGUAUCUAAAACUUUUAUCACAUUCGCCAUUUUUUAACCAACUUCUUCAAUCCCACUUUAAAAUUAUCGACAAAUGAAAAUGUGCAAUAAUCGUAGAAUGCAUACCUCUGGCAUAGGCACUGAUUACAAAUUCAUUUCUAGGUGUUCUUCUAUAUGCAUAGAAACGCAAUCCCGACAGUGUUCGGAACGUUUCGGGAUUUCAAUACAACUUACGGGAGACAUUAAAUAUUCGUAUGAUAUAAUAGCUGUUUUCGAUUCGCCAUUUCUCUGCCCGCCUCUGAUCACUUGUCAGGAAAAUUGCAUCUUGAAGCAACAGCAAAGUUAUUGAGUUGUUUUCUUGAAAGAGAUUACGCGGAUAUCUCAUUAACACGGGCACAGCCUUUUCGCACAAAAGUUAUUUCAUCAAUUAACCCGCCUUUGCUCAAUUAAAGCGCUAAUUUAGAUCGUUUUACCAUACAAAAUAAAAAUCGUAUUUCCCCACAUUAAUCAAUUCGAUUAAGUAUCGAAUUCAAAUUGGAUUGAAACAGCAAUACAACUCUUCAGGUUAUUGUCCAUGCUGUAUCUGGUGGUUGUUGUCCAGACUGUACAUUUUUUGUGUACUUUGAUAAAAUAGCAAUCUGUUGAAAAAUUUUAAUCAUUAGAAAAAUUACAAAAUGAAGAAGAUAAGCAAGCUUAACAGCUGUUCGUUAAUCGAGCUUAUCGUUGAUCACGCAGCUGGUUAAUCAAAUAUAAUGCGGAUGUACUAAAUUAAUUUGGCAGUGUGAAAAGGGUAGAAGUUAGUAAGUUUCUAAUUCUAAUUAAGGCGUUGGAAAUCACACUAAGCGAACUGAAAAACGUGAGCAAGUGAAAGUGCUUUGUAAAGCCAGACAAUUUUUUAUUGUUAUUUGUGAGUCGGAUCUUACGCGUCGAGAAAGUUACUCUACAUAUUUCCAUUCCUGCUAGUUCCCCUGAAUGGUUCAAGUUGGGAGGUGCAAAUGAAAUGUAAAUGAUUAGUAAUGCAAACCAAAUUUUAUAAGUUAACUUUAUAGACCCAAAUACAACUGAAACCGAAGUGAAACAAAUUUAAUCCCUUCGGUUUUUAUCGCAAAGUUGUGCGCUGACUUACUUUCAUUUUUAUCGCUUCAAACUUUGAUAAGAUAGCGCUUAUUAUAUGCUCCACAGUUGAAUUUAUUCCUCCACUUACCAAACACCACUCAGUCCUAAGCAUUAUCUGAGCGGUACCCAGUAAAUAAUAUUCGUUUCACUAAUAAAUGUAUAAUAAGAGUAUGCUACAUGCUAGUUAACGCCGCUAAUUACACACACAGCCACACACAAACCGUCGAGCGCCAGACAAGUCGAAACAACUUUAUAUAUCGGCGCUGACUGACGUGCAAUGUACCGGUCUAUCUGCACCCACGACCGCUUAGUCACACGCUCUGAACUGCGCCAAAGCGCGGGCAAUAAAUAAAAUUAUCGCUGAGCAGCUUGAAUGAUGCAAACAAACGUAAUCGAAAAAGUUUUACAAAUAAAUGCCAUUUGUUAGAAAAAUGUCAAUAAAACAAAGCGCAUUCGAAGCAUUCGGUGGCGCGAGAGUUAUUGGCUGCUUUAGUGCACAUAUUGUUGCCAGCGUGACCUUGGCGCGGAUGCUGCGCGCUAUGAGAAUUUAUUGCGGUGCGACAGGUGCGUAGAAUGCUAAGUUGCUAGCGCAAACAGAUACUUACACGUGUACUCAAAAACAUUAGAGGAAGUACAAACGCCGUUCCGUUGUCGACCGGUAGUGCAGCGCCACUGAAAGGUUUACGGUUUACUGCAUUUUUGUUAAGUCCAAAAGCGGAAACUCACUUGGUAUUGAACAGUCCAAAUAUACUGUGAGUAAGCGCGGCAGUAUACCACAGUGUGUGAUGUAACGAAAUGUUUGAAUAAUUGCCGCCUCCUCUGCCGACGCGAACUCCCAAUAGAACCCCUUCUAACACCAGCCGCAACCCGUAAAGAAAGCAAUUAAAAAAUGCUCACCGAUAGUGACGAUAAUAAAAAUGUUAUAAAGCGUAUAUGGCGAGCAUGGGCGAACGGAAAAAGCUCCCAAAUUGACUCCGUCGGAAAAGCGCGGCGCGAGAGCAAUGCGGAGUACGAGUAACUAAAGUACUGAGGUAAUCGAAACGCUUAGUAAGCGGUUGAAAGGCGCGUUGAGCGGCAGCGAAAAUUACUUACCGACAGUGAAGUGUUUAGCACUUUAGUACUACUCGAGAAUAAUAGGUGCCGGCGGUGUCGGGGUGAGGCGCUUGUGUGUAACAAGAUAGCAGAAAACAUAUAUAUUUUAAGUAAAUUAGCGCGUUAUUCGCUCGUGCGUUUUGCUGCCCAGUGACUACGUGCCGAUGUGGCCUUGAAAAGGGCAAACGAACAGCUGAAACUCCAACGUAUUUACAAAUAAAACUGGCAAAACAACACAGAAAAUGUGGUGGGUUUGGUUAAUAGUUGGUGUUGUGCUAGCAGUGCUCGUCAUUUUCGUCAUUACGCCACUCAUACUCAUCUGCUACAAGCGCAACUACUGGCGCUGGCAUCAGGUGCCAUUCGAAGCGCCCGCACCGGAAUUUGAAAUCCUGCAGCGCUUGCUCGGUUUGCGGCCGACGCUGGAAUGGGAGGAGCUGGAGCACUAUGAUUCACUGUAUCGCACUUUCAAGGGCCAAAGUCCGUUUUGCGGUUUCUAUCGUCACCUGCAGCCGCGUGCACUCAUACUCGACCGCGAAUUGAUUAUGCAGAUACUAAUCAAGAACUUCUCGAAUUUCAACGAUCGCGGCAUCUACCACAACAGCAAAGACGAUCCGCUCUCUGCCGAUUUGUACAGCCGACGCGGUAACGAGUGGAAAGAGAUGCGUUUGCGACUGGAGCCGAUCUUUGGCAAAGAUGAAAUGCGCUACCUGUACGAUGGUUUGCGCGAUUCGUCUGCCGAGUGGCUGAAUGGUUUCGAUCAGCUGGUGCGAGAUGAGCGCGCACACAGCGGUUACAUUGAAAUACGUACACAAAUGCGUCGCUAUGUGUUAUCCAGUUUGGCAGCGUGUGUAUUCGAUUUGAAUGCGCAACGCCAGCAAAAAUAUCCACUCGAUGGUUUCGAUGAUAUGACUCAACUGGAAAGUACGACAUCACGUCAUAGUGAGUUUGCGAAUGCGGUUUUACGCCGCUACCCGCGUUUAAGUAAGAAACUCAAGCUGCGCACUACCUCUAAGGUAGUAGAAGACUAUUUCAUUGGGCUCAUCAACGAAGUAGUCACGGAGCGCGAAAAGAGUGGCACCGAAAAGAAAGACUAUCUCCAAUUGCUGAUCAACUUAAUGCAGCAGGAAUUGAGUACGCACGAAGUGCAAGAUCAAACAAUGAAGGAGCUUCGGGAGCACUUGAUGGACGAGUUGGCGGCGCAUGCGAUUACGUUUCUCAAAGCCGGCUUACGUCCUACCACACACACUAUAACAUAUGUCUUAUAUGAGUUGGCCUUAAACGAACCCAUACAGCAGCAGUUGCGCGACGAGGUGGUAGAAGCUUUGCAGCGUCACAAUAAUGAGCUCUCGUACAAUUGCAUACGUGAGCUCAAGUUUCUGGGUCAAGUCAUAUCAGAGACCAUACGCAUGCAUCCGAUCGUACCCUAUCUAAUACGACGCACACUCACCGACUUCCCCGUGCCGAACAACAACAAAUAUACGCUACCCAAAAAUAUGUUCAUCAUUGUGCCGACACACGCCAUCCACAACGAUGCCGAAUACUACCCCGAGCCGUUCAUAUUCAAACCGGAACGCUUCUGUCGCGGUGACAACAAGCGACGCGACAUCUGCAUGUGGUUAGGCUUCGGUGAGGGUCCACGCAGCUGCGUUGGUCUGCACUUUGCGCAGCUUGUGAUGCGCCUGCUGAUAGCACAAUUGAUCACCCGUUACCACUUCAGUGUGGAUCGUACGCGUUUAAUGGUCAAACCACAAAAUGUGAUUAGACUGCGCGUGGACCCGCUCAAUGAAGAGCCAGAGGGCAGGGAGGCUGAAGUGGUCAUUUAGCCGUAUGCCAUGUCAUUAUAAGGUUAGUUUAGGUUUUUACAGGGUCCCUUAGUUGCAGAAAAUGAGCAUUAUUGUAAAUAUUAUAUUUAUUUAUGUAUGUGCCGAUUUAGGCCUUGAAAUAACACACCUUGAGUUUUAAGGAGGGAUGCAAUGUUAUUUAGUUAUUAAUUUCGAUUUUUUUUAUUUGAAAUUUUUUAAUUAGGAGGUUAAACAACUGUUUGUAUAGAACAACAGUAUCCGAGAGUCUAGUUAGAGGCGGUGAGCAUUCCACUGCCGAGCAGUAUUGACUUAGCUUUAAGUGUAGAGACAGUUUAUAUAUCAGUUACAAAAACAAUGUUAAUAAGAAAUGUAAAUAAAUGACAUAAUAUUAUUUUUAAGACAA